CGAGGUGAUGCCGGCACCGUCUCACAGCACACGGUGGAAGUCGACGUGAAAUACUCCUUCACUGCACAUAACCUUGUUUGUUGCGUCUGAGCGCGGUGAGCUGAAGGCCUAUGUACCGUUCGACGCAAGCGUACGAUGGAUGGACCAAGGCUUCAAGACGAGCACACUCACACCCUUCUGCUUCUCCCACGAUGCAGGCGUCCUCAAAGAAUCCUUCUGAGCCGCAUAGUCAAAUUCACCCCCUCCGCGCCUGUGAUAAUCGAAAUCCAGCAAGCACCCUCGGAUCUGUGGCGCCGCGUUCUUGUGCUUCGAACAUUCAACACCGCGCAAGGCGGACGUUCUAUGACGGCAACGCGCUAGUUGCUCGCGUUCAAGCCCGACGACGACACUCCGCCGCUCCUGCGCUCAUGCAUCCGAUUACCUGCAGCGUCGCUUGCGACCCCGCAGGACGGCGCGGUGCAACAAGAAGUGCGCUGCGGCGUAUGCCUUCUGACAAGGCUUCACGAUUCUUCCGUCAGGCUGCUUACACACGGCUAUGGCAAUGCAUCUGCUGCGCCCUUCGUCGACAUCUGCGCGGGAUCUCGACGUGCACCCAUCAAAACUCACGUCUACCUUACCAUGGGCGAAAUGGACCAAAUGGGAUAACCAUCGCCCAAAGGCUGUCUGGUUACUGGGAUACGAACACAACGACCCGGCCGGCUUCAUCCGUCUGCUAGGUAAUCUCUCUCGCGCCGUCUCAAAUCUCCGGUUCUCGCAGCGUAGAUGGCCGAACGAGCUUCCAGGUCGAACCAGCAUGACGCAGACGACCAACCGCUUCCGCGAUUCUGCUCCAGCGGC